AUGUUUCGGUCACUCCAAUCGGAAGCUUUGUCUGCAUUUGAUCCAAGUGAAUACGAAACAUUCUAUUACAACCAAACACUUGAUCAUUUCAACUUCAGACCUGAUAGCUUCUCUACUUUUCAACAAAAAUAUGUGAUCAAUUCCAAGUACUGGGGCGGUUCCAAUAUUAGUGCACCGAUAUUUGCUUACCUUGGCGCGGAAGUAUCAUUGGAUAGUGUUAUAUCCUACACUGGCUUUCUACCUGAAAACGCCAAUCAGUUUCAAGCCCUCCUCAUAUACAUACAGCACCGGUACUACGGCGAAUCAAUCCCAUUCGGCUCUAGAACAGAAGCAUUUCAGAAUGCAAGCACUCUUGGCUACUUCAACUCAGCCCAAGCUCUAGCAGAUUAUGCUGAGAUCCUCGUACAUGUAAAGACGCAACUGAAUGCUGAACAUUCUCCGGUCAUUGUUAUUGGUGGAUCAUAUGGUGGAAUGCUUGCUUCAUGGUUUCGGCUGAAAUACCCCCAUAUCGCUCUUGGAGCUCUAGCUUCGUCGGCUCCAAUUCUUUACUUUGAUGACAUUAUCCCUCCGGAAAAUGGAUACUUGUCCAUUGUCACCAAGGAUUUUCGAGAAGCUAGUGAGACUUGCUACCAAACCAUUAAACAGUCUUGGUCUGAAAUUGAUACGAUUGCUUCUAUGCCUGAUGGUCUCUCAAAUCUUAGCAAAAUAUUCCGCACUUGCAGUCCUUUGAGGACGGCACACCAUCUCAAAUACUCCUUGCAGUUAAUGUACACGAGGGCAGCUCAGUUCGAUGAUCCAUCAACAAAUCCAGUUAAUGUGAUUUGCAGUGGUAUCGAUGGAGCUGCUUCUUUGACGAAUGAUACUCUUGCGAAAAUCUUUGCUGGACUUGUUGCAAUUGAAGGAAACAGGUCAUGCUACCUUAGUAUUGCACCCAGUAGUAGUAGUACUAAUGCACUACCAAGCAAUGCUAAUGAUGAAACUUCUGAGGGAUGGAGUUGGCAGGCAUGUAGUGAAAUGGUGAUGCCGGUUUUUGCAGUCGGCAACAACACCAUGUUUCAACCUUAUUCUUUCGACGUACAAAGCUACAUUAACAACUGCAAGGCACAGUAUGGCGUCCCUUCUCGCCCUAACUGGAUCACUACAUAUUAUGGAGGUCACGAUAUAAAACUGACCCUCUAUAGGUUCGCCAGUAACAUCAUUUUCUCUAAUGGAUUAAGAGAUCCUUACAGCAGUGGCAGGGUAUUACAAAAUAUAUCGGACAGUCUUGUCGCAGUUUAUACAAAGAAUGGGUCUCAUUGCCUCGAUUUGGUUCCAUCAAACCCUAGUACCGAUCCAGACUGGUUGAUCAAUCAGCGGAAAAUAGAGGUUGAGAUUAUCAAAGGAUGGAUGACUACGUACUAUGCUGCCCUUCAGACAUUCAAAUCUUAA